AUGGCGGCGCCCGUGUCGCCCUUGGUUACUGCGCGCUGCCUGCUGCGGGCUUCGGCGCGGCGCGCCGCCCGCCUGCUACCGGCGCGGGCCGCCGCCCUGCGGAGAGCGUACAUAGCUCAGGCAGAUGAGAAGACAGUCCCCGGUACUCCUACAGAUGCUAAUGCCAGAGCCUUGUUGGUUUGCAGUGGACCUUUAGAACAUUAUAACUUUCUGAUUAAGCAAGAAGAGCUGAGGAAUGAUGAUCAACAAAGAAGAGUUGUGCAGCACCUGCAGAAGUUGCAUGAGAGCCUUAAAGGCUACAGCAUCAGUUCAAAAAAUCUUCUCUCAAAGCUCUUUGCAAAAAACAAACCCCCAAAAGGUCUUUAUGUCUAUGGAGAUGUUGGCACAGGAAAGACAAUGGUGAUGGACAUCUUCUAUUCUCACUUAGAAGUAGAAAGGAAAAAGAGAGUCCAUUUUCAUGGCUUCAUGCUAGAUGUACACCAGAGAAUACAUCGCCUUAAGCAGAGCUUGCCAAAAAGAAAGCCAGGAUUUAUGGCCAAAUCAUAUGACCCAAUUGCACCAGUAGCAGAGGAAAUAAGCGAAGAGGCUGCUCUCUUAUGUUUUGAUGAAUUUCAGGUCACUGACAUUGCUGAUGCCAUGAUUCUGAAGCAGCUUUUUGAAAAUCUGUUCCAAAAUGGGGUUGUCGUUGUGGCAACAUCUAACAGGCCACCAGAAGAUCUCUAUAAAAAUGGUCUUCAGAGAGCUAAUUUUGUACCAUUCAUCGCUGUGCUGAAGAAAUACUGCAGCACAGUCCAGCUUGAUUCUGGAAUAGACUACAGGAAACGAGUGCUUCCUGCUGCUGGAAAACUUUACUACCUCACAAGUGAAGCUGAUGUGGAGGCUGUCAUGGAUAAGUUGUUUGAUGAGCUGGCUCAGAAACAAAAUGAUUUAACUAGACCAAGGAUUCUAAAAGUGCAAGGCAGAGAGCUGAGGCUGAAUAAAGCGUGUGGAACCAUUGCAGACUUCACGUUUGAAGAGCUGUGUGACAGACCUCUUGGGGCCAGUGACUAUUUGGAGAUAUCAAAGCAUUUUGACACGGUCUUUGUUCGUGACAUACCGCUUCUUACAAUGGCAAAAAGGACACAAGCUCGUCGUUUCAUUACUGUUAUUGAUACCUUUUAUGAGCACAAGGUGCGUAUUAUUUGUUCUGCAGUGACUCCUCUCCAAAGCUUGUUCCUGGUAGAACAUGACAAUGGUGAGCUAGAGGAUAACAGAGUGUUGAUGGAUGAUUUGGACUUGAGCCAGGACUCCGCCAAAGGACUCUCCAUGUUUACAGGAGAAGAGGAAAUCUUUGCCUUUCAGCGUACUGUCUCACGACUUACAGAAAUGCAAACUGAACAGUACUGGAAAGAUGGGGACAGAAGCAAAAAAAAGUUAAAAGUUGAGUAAAAUCACCAAGAAGUAAAACUACAGAAUUGGAAAGCUUUUUAGCACAACUGAAAUAAUAAUUGCACUUUAUCGUCUGGACCAUGUUUUCUUUCAUCAGUUGUUUUCUGUGCUUAAGACAUGAGGACUCAGUUAUUUUUCUGUACCACUAGUGUGUGGACAUGUGAAAUUUUGCCUUAAUUUUCUUUUCUGUAAAAUAUAAUUUUGACAUUCAGGAAAUUUAAUGGGAUUAGAAUUUUUCUGGAGAAUUGGUCUAGAGACAAAGUUAAUGGGCCGUGCAGAGUUCACAGCAGAUUUAUGAUGUCAUGUGAAGAGGGCACUUCGUGGUUCAUGCACUGCUUCUGUCAAGUACAAUGCAGUUUGCACAAAAGAAAAGUCAAAUGCUUUCUUUAUGAAACUCCUGAUAUUGUAUAGGUCCCUGCUAGAAUCCUGAACUCCUCUGUAGUGUAUUCUGGGGGUUUUUUUUUCCUAUUUUCUGUGUGUAGCCAUCUGCUGACUUUCAUGCUCUAAGAGUUUCUUGUAAUCAGACUGUUGCUCAGUCUGGUUCAUUGAAAAUUAACGAUUUGAACCAAGAGAGAACCCUGAGGAGGAGCUUGAAGGUACUUGAAACCGCACAGGGUUAAGAUCUAAGUAAUCGUGGAUGGGAAAAGAAACUAUGAUAAGACAGGGUCUACUGUAACAUGUAAGUGCAAGUUAAUACUCUUCCUAAAUUUUGCGGUUCUUGCAAGCCUGGAUAUGCUGCCUCUACACCAGUGACGUAUCUCUACCCUGAAUUUUCUCAGGCAUCAUCUAUACCAAACCUUCCAUUGCUGCUAGCGCACCUGCCCGGAUCUGGGGAGAGUAGUACACAGUACUACUGAGGCAAUUCAUCAUGUUACAAUAGGAAUGUGUUUUAUGGAAAAGAUGAGAUAUUAACUGAUACCUCAGAACACAUCACCCAUCCUCAUGUUUGUAGUUGGAACUUUCUUUUAGUUCAAAGUGCAAUUGUGUCAUUCUUGGUUUUAAUCUAACUGACACAAAAUACGGUAUUGUGCGUAUUGGCUUAUAGCGUAUUUUUAUAAAAAGACAUUUUAAGAGCAUAUUUAGAAACACUGAAUAGGGAAAAACAUUGUGCAGAUGGACUGAAAAGAUUGCCCUAACUUCUUAGGGAGGAGAUGUCCCCAAAUUUGAGGGGUUUUCUUGGAUUUUGCAAUAUGGCCUUUUUCUUGUACUAUCUGUUAUCAAAAAUAUUCUUCUCUGCCUUUGUUAAGCCUGAUUAAAUUGUUUCAAUCGUAGCCCCCGUCACAAUUACAGAAAGCUUUUAAAAGGGACUUUUGUGGGGCAGGGAGGACUGGAGAGGUCCUGUGCACUGGCAUGUGUUAUGGCAAUACGGAUGUUUUGGAGCCAUGUGCUCAAGUCUGGUUUUCUGUUCUGAUCACUUCGGUUUGUCCUGGAAGUUACUUAUACUGGCUAUACCUGUUUUUCAAAGAAUUUUUAAAGCCUAUAUUUAUAGUUUACAACUUAUGCAACUGUGUUGUUAUUCCCACAAGGGUGACUCCCACAAGGGAGAUUUUUAAUACAUAUUUAUGAAAACCCCAGUCAGAAUACAUUGCUUAUACUUGGAUAUCCAAAUAAUUGAUGUAUAUUUUCAGAGAUUUGUAUUAGAUUUCUCAACAGAGGGACUAUUGAGAUUCAUGCAUGUGUGUCUGUACAUACACACACAUAUGUAUACUUAAUUUAUACAUAUAUAUAUAAAUAUAGAUAAAACUAAUAUAUAUAAUUUAAAUGUGUGUGGUUCUAUAUUUAUACAUGGCAGUCUAUAUUCAUCAGCCUGGGCCUGUGCUGAUAACUCUCCUGAAGCUUCAGCCUUGACUUUUUUUCUAGUAGCAUUCAAAUGCCUCCUGCCUUGUCUGAACCAGAAUGUAUUGUGGGAAAAUGGGAGGUGGUGGUAGAUACCCUAACGCACCUUGCAUCUGGAUAUUUAUUUGCAUUCUUUUAAAAACUGUUUAUAUAUUUAGCCUGUAUGUCCUCCUCUGUCAUGUGGUACAGGGGAAAUGCAUAAUCUUGCAGAACACAGGUGAGACGUUUGGGACGUGUGAGAGAGGAGGUCCUGGCAGGUUCUGCAUUCCCAUGGAGACUGUCUCGGGCCAGGGAAGUGAAGUGUUUCUCCACAGUCUGUGGGGGUGAUGACUGACCUCCUUUAACCAGGGGAUCCCUGGAGCCCCCUGGGCAGAUCUGUUUGUGUUCAAACUGGUGCAGCUUUGCCUAUUGGUAUUUGAGGCUUUUCUGCAAUCUGAGCACCCGUCCCAAACUCAGAUACCCCAGGUUUUUGGAAGCUCCUAAAUGCAGUGGGACUGAUGUAUCGUUGAAAGCCUCCAGGGAUGUAGGUAAGCUCUGUCAAACCACAGGAGGGAAGUUCCCAAAAGCUUCCAGAGCCAGCACUGCUUCCAGGGCAUGUUGCUAAAUAAAACCAUAGUGCAGUCUUUCCUUGGCCAGCAAGGAAGCCGUCUGUUGGGAGUCAUUGGUAGGCGCCAACAGUAAUCAAGGAGAAGAAAUGGGGAAUAUUCCGGAAGUGUUUUGGGGCUGAAAACAAGAAAAGCUGCUUAAAUCACUGUGCAGUAUUUGUGGUUGCACUGCAGAGUGUGGAUUGCCACUUUUAGGUCAGGACCACAAGGAGAGAUUGAUGGGACCAAUUUGUCAGCCAGCCCAGAUGCUUGGGGCAGAGAUCCCCGCAGUAACCACAGAAGCAUAUUUAUGUCCAUCUACUUCCCUGAAGAAAGUGAGGCCCUAUAUGCUUAUUUUACAAUGCUGCUAUGAUGCUGUAGCAUGCAUAAAGUCU